GCGUGCAAAACUGGCUCCGUGUACGACAAGUACCAGCCCGGUCCUGGGGAAGAGUCCCAGGCCAGUCCAGUCAAUCCGUACGUGCUCCACGUCGGAUAUACAAGCACCUUCAGCCAGGUUUGCGUCAGGUUCAACCAGUGGACCCACGUGGCGGCGACCAUGCGCACGAAUGCAGGCUCCCCGACAACCUAUACCCUCGCACUGUAUUUGAACGGUGAGAAAGUCGCAGAGAAAGCGGAUGUUCCGCCGGCUUCGCCGAACUUCCCGGCGGCCUUUUACCAAAACACCAUUGGCAGGGGAUUUUUGGACAAUACCGAAAAGCUUUUCAACGUGCGGCUAUGGAAAACCGAACGAACGGCCGCGCAGAUCCGCGAUUACGCACUAGCUGUUCGACCCGAACAGAUGGACACGAAGACAGACUUGGUGUGGUGGUUUCCGUUGCAGGAGGAUUGCAACGCGGCUGGUGUCGUCCCCAGCUUGCCGGGCCCCGUAACAGCUCCUCCAAGCACGGACGUUUCCUACCCGUCAAUCAGCGCCCCUGCCCUGGAACACGCGAUGGAGAAGACGCACACUUGCCCCGCUGGGGAGGCUUCCUGCAGCGGGUACCUUGGCCUGCCUCCCUCCGUACCCAGCCGGCCCGGGAACGCGUUGUGGGCGUUUGAAACUCGCUGGCCCGGCGAAUCCGGUCCGGGAUUGACGGACGCACAGAAAAACGACCUGGUGCGGUGCAUGGCAGACAGCAUGACGGCAGCAAACAUCGGAGGCGUUUCGGUGGACACGGCUUCCGCAGCGAUAGAACUGACUGCCGCGCCGAUAGAGAUCACGGGCAACUUCACCGAAGACGGCGCUGGUGCGCUAACGGCGGAGGCGAAGAGCGCUGAGCUGUCGGGAGAUUUCGUCCUGGACCAGUCAGGACAGACGCCUUUUAUCGAGGUUCCAAACGGGCCAAAUAGUGAAAAUUGGUACGACAGACCAGAUAAAGACUGUGCCUUCGACACCGGCAGCACGGCCACUUUUCGCAUUUCCGUCACGACCGCCACUGUAUCAAGAGGAAAAAUCCCCCCUCCCCAUAUCGAACAGGAAAUUUGUGAUGCUGGAUUUGCUUCCCCAAAUCGGCUUGUGUUGCUAGAAGGCCAAGGGACGCACUUGCGGCCUGAAUUGCAGGCAAUUUGUCAUGCUGUUUCCCACUUCCAGUUGCCUCCUGUCAUGCUGAAGAUGCAAGGCCUUCUUACGCCAGCCAGCACUACAGUCUGCGUCUUUUCCCUUCUAGCAUGACAACAUGAUUUGUGGUCACAAAUCAGCAUCACAAAUUUCCUGUUUGAAUAUGGGGAGGGGGGAUUUUUCCUUUCGAUACACUGCUUCUUUCGGCUUGUACGGCACGACGAGGUGCAGUGGUGAACACGGGCAGCAUAUCGAAAGGAAAAAUUCCCCCUCCCCAUAUCGAAAACGAAAUUUGUCAUGCUGUAUUUGAGGUCACAAAUCAGAUUUGUCUUGCUGGCGAGGACUGCAGGCCCAUAUCAGGCCUGAGUAGACAAGUUUUGGCCUAGGCACUUAGCAUGGCAGACGUCUACGCUGUAGGAGCAACAGCAUGACAAACCGCCUGUAGAAUGUGGCGGUUGUCUGUGGAGUUGCCUUCAUGCAAUACAGCGACGAUUUGUGGUCUCAAAUCUGCAUCGCUGCAUUUCGUCUUUUUUUUCCAAUAACAAACGCAGACUGUUCGUCUUUUUUUUCCAAUAACAUGCCGAGCGUGUUUUUUCCUGCGUCCUAUCCUCUUUUUUUUUUUUCCCCUUAACUGAAAGAAUCUCUUCUGGUUUUUUGGCUACGAUAAUUUUCUUCUUGUUCCUGAGAGACCGUUAAGCGUUUUUUCUUCCUCUAGCCUGCGCCUCUGAUUCUCUGUUGUUUUUUCGCUUUUUUCGCAUCGUUGAUGAUUCCUUUGGCUUUUGUCGAGUCUUAAGCAUUUUCUCCCUAGGCCGCUUUACUUGCGAUUUAUAGCCCCUCGCGCCCUUGCUAGCUAGUGAGCCCCUCAGUAAGUUUGUCGCUUUUCUCAUCGUCUGGCCCAUUACAUAUUUGCCCUCGUAGUCUAAUGGCCUCCGCUUCAUAAUCCCAGCCCUAGCACAUGCUCUGUUUCUCUCGUGCCCAAAUUUCCUCCUGCUUACGUGGUGGGUUUCCCUCCUAUCUUUCAACAAAUACAGACCGCGGGUUUUUUUUUUUUUCAACCUUGCACUUUUUGGAUUUUUUCAACCAAACAAAAAAGCAGGUCGCAACAGGGAGAGGGAUCAUGACUAGCCACGUAGAUGUCGUUGAACAUCCGGCAGGAAAAUCCCAACCCUGCAACGUGGUAAGGCAGACGGGAACGCCCAAUAUACCUUCACUAGAUCGCAUGCAAACAGGCCUCGGCACCUGUUUGCAUAUCGGUCGACGUGAGCACCGCGGCAGCAUUAAGGUCAAAAUGAAAACUAGGAAUGAGAUUCCUCGUAAGUUUAGUAGCCAAAACAAACUGCCGCCAUAAAAAAAAAAAAAAUCUGCAUCACAAAUUUUCAGAAGUGUCCCGGUUUGGUAUGGGGAGGGGGGAUUUUUCUUCACAAUACAGCAAGCUAAGUCCGACAACAGUGCUUCUUUCGGCUUGUACGGCACGACGAGGAGGCAGCAUAUCAAAAGGAAAAAUCCCCCCUCCCCAUAUCAAAACGAAGUUUCUGAUGCAGGAUUUGCGUACACAAAAAAGAUUUGUCUUGCUGGAGAGGAAUCAGCCCCAUACUAAGCCUAAGUAGAGAGGCUCUGGCCUAGGCGUCUAGCAUGAGAAACGUCCGCGCUGUAGGCCCAUCAGCACCACAAACCGCCUGCAUAAUGCGGCAGAGCCUGUGGAGUUGUCUUCUUGCAAGGCAGGCGCGAUCUGUGGUCUCAAAUCAGCAAGACAAAUAUUCGGAAACAUACCUUUUCGAUAUGGGGAGGGGAAAUCUUUCUUUUUGAUAGCUCAGGAGGUUUCACCUCCUGCAGCUGAGGCCCCCCACAACAGGAGAAACGACCUCGAGGAAGGUCCUGCUGGCAACCGCGUGGCAGCUGCCUCAGCGGAGGGCGAGCAGCAGAAUUGGAUGGAUGCUGCAAAGGUGGAGCCCCUCCUACACGGUAUUAACCCGACACGUGAACAAGCUGAUAUCAGCUGGACAAAACAUGGCCGCCGCGAUCUCAGUUGUCAAAAUGCGUUCUGUCAUGAAAAUGUAUGAAGAAGAUUUGCUGCAGACGCAGAGACUACGGCUAUGGUAUGACAAGCGUGUGCAUGCAGUGGAGUCGACAGUUGCCACAUCGUGAGGCUCGCUGUGGUCAUCAACUUUUUCACGCUAAGAGUACAUGGAUGAGCAGCAACAGGAGAAGCAACAGGACAAGUGUGUGUGGUGCAAAAAUUAGAAUUACACACACACACAAUAAACUGAAACUUCCUGUUCCUUACGCGCAUCUGCAAAAGACAUUGCAGCUGGAACAAAGAAAGUAUGCGCAAUAGGUCGUGGGCGGGACGUUUUUUCGCAGGACGAUGUGCGAUGUGGGCACUCAAGCUCUAGCGGCGGAGGCAGACACUUCUUUCGGCUUGUACGGCACGACGAGGCGCAGUGGUGAACACGGCCAGCAAGCUAAGGACGACAACAGUUUCUGUGUCAAAGUGGAAGACCCGUCUGGAAAUGUGUUUCUGAACUUCGGCAACUGGGGCACCGGCACGUCGUACACAUUUUCGGAACGGAAGGUGACCGACGUGGCCAACUUGCCGCAAGGGACCAGCAAGCUGGUGAUCGGACUGCGCCAUCGCGGUACUCGCCUCAGUGCUGUCCGCCUGAGUCCAGCUACCGGGACCGCGGCUUUUGUCCUUUGGCGACCGUGGAACGACGCGCCUGCUAAGUUCACUUUCCAUAGCUGCACGGUCAAUCAUUCGGGAUCCGGCGCAAAGUAGGAGAGCAAAAAGCAACUAUGCUUCUGGUUACUGCUGCAAAUUUGUUCUCCUAGAACGACUGCCGCGUCGGAGCGCCUUUGUCGUUUUGGUGAUCAUAUUGGCACGGCCAGGGCCGUAAUGUAUUGUUUAUGAGUAGCUUUCCUAACCGUUCGCAGACUUUAUGGCAGAUCUUUUUUUUUUGCAGUUUCUGGUAUUGUGCAUGCCCUUCGUUUGUAAAACAAGUUUGCUAUGGGUUUGUUCGGGCGAAAAUGAAGCAAGUCCCCGGAAGCAGUUCUUUUCCACCGCGAUACAGCACUAAGGGCGCAGGCAACCGCAGAAGACGGCCAGACCGCUUCGAUAGAGAUGCUAUUAGCCUCGGGGGGUGUGACUAGAUAUUUUCCGAGUUCGGUAUCCCGCGAAAAAACAUCAUUGGUUUUCAAGACUUGUGUAUCAUGCGCUAGGGAAGAUAGAUAAGACAGCUUACUGGUGAUGCGUCCUUCCUAGGUGCCAGGUGAUGUGAUGUGUACUAGAGAAGAUAGAUACGUAUUGGUGAUGUGUCCUGGGUACCAGCUAGAUUUUGGACUACACUCCGCAGCUGCGCCGAAGCUUGUCAUGUGCCGACCACAAAAAUUACUGGCUUUUGCGUAAUCGUAGAGAAGCCGACACUAUAAAAUUCCAGCUCUAUGCAGCUUUGGAUGCUUUUUUUCAAAAGGAUAUCCAGGCACGUUGGCUUUUGCGCCGGUCACACUUCGCCUCACACACGGGGAUAAAGACGGGCUGUGCAUCGACCGCAUCCUCUUGAAUGGGCAUGAAAUUCACAGCGGCGCUAAGUGGUUUGAUGUGCCCGACUAUCGAAAUGAAAUGAGUCGUCUCGCCCAGGAACAAAAGUGCAUGAUGCGCGACACGAAGCUCGUCGAGAAUACGACUUAGAUAAGUGCGAUCUUCAUUCGCACGGUAGCAAUACAAAUUUUGCUGGAUGCAGCUUCGCAAAAGCCUGGGCUACAGGACCGCAUGGUAAAGGCGACUCACAAGCGGAAUUUUUCAUGCAAUGUCCGCACUUCUUCGCUGCGACUAGAUUCUGCAGCAACAGCUGCUUCAGUCCAUUCAUGCGAGACGGAGCUUUUCCACCACAUUUGAAGUUUUACAAUAGAAUCACUCGGUGACGCUGUUGUUCCCGUGGCGCUUUUCAAUUUGAUAUGUGCCCAGGAUCCCAAUCUCACUUUCGACAGCCUCAAACGUACAGUUUUCGCAGAGCAAACGUCGACAGUAAUGCAAGCGCAAGCACAGCAGCCACAAUCUUCCUGCAGCGCAAACUGUCUUUCACGACGGCUUUCGAGGAGUGGAAAGCCGGGUUUCUCAAACUUCAAGCCGCAGAAGCCGCUACGAUCGCUGCGACUGUGUCGUUUGGCUGCAACGGCAACGACUACGAGGUAAAUCCGACUAACCAAGUUACCACCGGCGGACAGCCGGCUUUCUACUGUCCAGGGCCGGGGCUGGAGUUGGUGCACUACGAAAGCGGAUGUCGCCCCAAGUGCGACUGCGCUCACGGGCAAAUCACCACCAAUGACCACUGCCCCGCACCGCAUGCGCAGCUGUGCCACAGCUGCACAAAAGCGGCAAGUGAUCACCUGUACUCCAUUCGUAACGUGGACCCAACGAGCGAAAGCAGCAUUGCGUAUCACUGGCACGCACCGCAUGGUGACAAUCUGUUCUAUGAGAACCGAAUGUGCUGGGCAGACUGUGCGUUGGUGAGCUGCCACUAUAAGAACGCGGACAAGGCGUGGUUUCAGCACAGGUUAGAGGAGAAUUCCGAGUCGGACCAAAUCCGGUGGUGCAACGAGGCACGGCAUGACCGAAACACGUGCGUGCAGGACCAGAAUUGUUGUCAAAAAGGAUGCGCGGAGCCAGCAGGUGCGGUGGCAUACGGGAUAAAUUGGGAAACAGCCCUAACCAAGACGGAGCUAUAUCCAAGAGGUAAGUUUUGUGCAAAAUACCACAGGAGAAAAUAGCGCUAGAAAAUUUAGAAAAUUUCCGACAAAAAGUAUCUCUGGAAGGGAACGAAAGAUAUGUGCUUGACAGUGGCUUAGUAAAGUCAGCAGACAUGAUAAUUUAUUUCGUAAUUUCCUUGUCUGGGAUUCACGACGAACCGGCAGUAUCCACCGCAGUGUUGGGCGACAUCGGCAGUAUCUCGGACGCGCUGGAAGACCGGAGAAGUUCCUGCUCCUGAGCUAACUUCUCCCAACAGAUCAAUCCGGAAACCGACACGCUACGGGUGGAACCGCAUAAAAAACCAGAGGUACCUAUUAUGAAACAUGUAGAGAAAAAUCGUACUUCAUCACACCCUUCAAAAUAUUUGUAAGACAGGGGCAUCAAAAUUGGCACUUGAUGCUAGCACUUCCACGAUCCGCGUGUGGAGCCCAAGGGAGAACGUGGCAACGACAGUGAAGCAUCAAGAUUCUUGAGGAAAAGAAACUGGCAGCUGCGCCGACGACUGCGGCUGAGGAGCUUCUGAAGAAAAACCUGGGUGCGAACCGCAUGCGAACGGUUUACUGGCGCGCCGGAACGCUGUGGCGGAAACCGGAGCUGCGUGGAUUGCUGCACUGAUUAUCAUGCAGCCCAGCAUAAGCACCGUCUACUUCGAAUAUGAAGGCCGUCCACUUCUGCUCAAGAAAAUGAAUGUACUUGACCGAGUUUAGGGCUUGAUGGGUUUUUAAGUAUCUGUGCGGCAUACCCAACGAUAUUUUUGCGAAUUCAAAGAUGAGCUCUUCGGGUUAAGGGCUUUCAGUCUCAAUACGCAAGAAAAGAGAAUACAAGCUAACGGCCUUUGCCACUUCACGAGCAGAGACCGGUGACUGUCGCGAUUCAUGAUGUCCUUAGGUAGGCAUUCGUAAGAUGAGCUGCGGAAAUCAUUGUCUUUCCUCCACCGCAGCCUUGAAUUUAUGAAUGUAAGUGCAAGCACAAUCUUCAUACGCGAUGAGUAGCUGGUUUUUGCGACAGAGCAAGAGCGGACUGCGAGUUUGAGAGUUUUGAGUGAACCGUAGCUCCCCUUGCCUUUAUUUUUCCCCAAGUAAAAAAAUACGCCACCGCAUGUGCGCACUGCUUCCGCCUUUGUUUUUGUAUCUAGUUUUCUGGCGCUUGCAAUACUUCCCUGCAGGACCCUUUUAAUACUGUUCCGAAACUAAGAGUAACACUUUCACAUGAUUGAUGUGUUCUGGCUCGAAAAAAUUAGCUGCGGGAGCAACCAUAUAUAAGACAAGCGAUGAGCGUGUCCCUUAGUAGUGAGCCGCGAAGCAAGAUGGCGGGCGGCCGGACUAUCGACAUCGUAUCAUACUGCAACACAGCCUCUCACGCCAGCACCUGUUUUGUCAUGCGAAGGAAUCCUUCCGGCGCCAUCCGCUUCUCGGCGGUGGUUCUCGACUACUAAACACGAUCGAAGGUGAAAGCCAGUGGACCAGUCGGUUGUGUAGUGAUGAUCGUGACAACAUGCAACAGGGCAGUCUCCGUUAAUUUUUGCGCUCCUGCAGCUAAUACUUGCGCUCGGCGAUUAUCUACUAGAACCGAUAACAUCAAAUCAAGCAUGAAAAUCCUAUUUCGCGCCUUCUUCCUGACCAGUAUGCAUGCACAAGAUUCCGCAAGCUUUAGCGACGCUGGGCGAAAAUCUUUCGACCGAGGGUUUGUUCUCUAUCACCUCGCGAGCACAGAGCAGAUUUGCAACAACUUAUAAUGAGAUCGAAGGUUGUGUCUUCUGGCAAGGCGAUUUGACUGCCGGUUUGGGGGCUGGGGUAUUCAUUCCGAUAUGUUGAGCGCCACUUGAGGUUGGUGGAAAAGGCCUUUGAGAAGAUACGAAAAGAAAUUGACUUUACAAAAUGCACUUGCUCGGAAUUUGACAGAUCUUGCGACGUCAUCUACAAGCAAAGUCGAUGUCGCGUAAUGGAGGGCACGAUGGAAGCGGCUAGAUCUCCACACUAGUUUGCUCCCAGGACGACGCAUGCUACAGAUACAUCAUGAGUCGCGGAUGCUGGAUCCGUAGGAACUCAUUCUGAACAAUAUACCUCCAAGUGCCUCCGCGUCCCGCUUUGGUUCUCACUAUGAAAGUAGAAACAAGCACGCAUGACGUCUACAACAUUCUGGUGGGGGUUCGCCACUCAUUUUUUUUUUUCUUUAUCAUGGUUCCAGAUACAGGCAAGUGUGAUAUGGUGAAAAAUUACUCAGCGAUAUUUGUGAAUGGGCUGUCAUCAUCCGCCGAAGUAAAAUGCUUUUGGCCUUUCCAUACAAAGCAUUAAAUCGCGAACUCGCCAAGACUCGAGGACCCGUAUCACAUUAAAACCGGGACUGAAGUCAGAUAAUUUCGAGUUAUGGCAACCAGAAAAGAUAAAGAUUUCAUCAACGUUCAUGCCGCAGAAAACUACUUACAACGUCGUAUGUAGAGCCUGGCUCCAACUGCGGGCUCGCCUUAAAGCGCCGACUUGCCAGCCGCCCGCCCAAGCAAACUGGUGGGGGCGAGGCAAAAUUGAUAGACAGGAAAUUUCCGGACAAAAGUAUUUUCUGCAGUGCGAACACUUGCGGAGCUGCAACGAGCUGUAGCUCUGCCGCGAAAGCAAAUCUGAUUUCAAUGAACAUUUGACCGAAUUGCAUACUUCAAAAUAUUCCGAGAAAAAAAAUGCGUUUAGCUUAUUGGUCUUUGCUCGUGUAGACCUCUUCCGGAGUAGCUUUUUGUGCGACGCAACCCAGUAUGUGCAUAAGGCUUGUAUUCAAAAGAAAGUGCUUUAUCCGGGCGAGGCUUUUUCCACCUAUGGAAAAGGAAGUGCCUUCCGGGGCAGAUGUUAUGUUUAUGCGACGUGUCGGGGCCGUUCCUACACCCGAUGUGUGCCUUUGCUGGCAGUACGUAGUCCAAAUCUAGAGCAGCGCACUUUUGUUUCUCGAUACUGCUACAGCAGUCAAAGCGAUUAUCUCCGGUAAGAAAAUUUUUGUUUUUUCUCAUGUUUCGAAGGCUAGUUUCAGCUCCUCGCCCGUUUUUAUUUACACAUUCGUAUUUUCAGUUUCUUGAUACAGUGAUGCAAGCCGUGAUAAAAUUACAGCAUCUCCGGCACGCGACUUUCCUCAUCCGCAUCAGCAAAAAAGAUGUUCGUGCUUUUGUCGGCCUUCAAGUAUUGACCACAAAGCAGCUCUCCCCCCCAGAACGCAUAAUUUUUUAAUAUCACGCAACGUUUACAAGCGGCGUGCAGAGCCGCGAUUUCUUGACUUCGAAAAUAAGCAUGGGAUUUAUGCGCUUUUCUGA